CUUCACUAUAUAGGGUGUGUAUGGAAUGUUUGUGGUGAGAGUAUUCAUAUCACUCUAAACCCUUCUCCAGCAACCUAUAUACAUCUACAUCUCUGGUGCCAAAGUGUUAGUGGAUAAAAUGGAGCUGGAACAAGGACAACAACAGGCCGAGGAUUUAUGUGUCGCUGCUAUAGAUGGUGAUGUCAACAAAGUGAAGUGUCUGCUGGCACAGGGGGCCAACCCCAACCACCCUCAGUUCUAUGCAUUACACAGCGCUUGUAGGAAAGGUCAUCUGGAGAUAGUGAAGGCACUUGUUGAGGCUGGAGCAGACACUGAGAGAAGGGAUGAUGACGGCAGGUCUCCAGUUCAUUGGGCAGCCUCUUAUGGUCAUAAGGAGGUGUUGGUUUACUUGAUCAGGGAUCGCAAGUGCAGUGCUAAUACCAGGGACCGGGACAACAAUACUCCACUACACACUGCAUGCUAUCAUGUUCACUUAGAUGUGGUGCAGUACUUGGUGGAGAACGCCCACUGUGACACCAAUGUAAGGAACAUGGACAACCAGACUGUACUUCAUAUAGCCUGCAGCCGCCCCAUUUUCUGUCAGAGUCCACUUUUAUUGGUGCAGUACUUGGUGGAGAAGGCUAACUGUGACAUCAAUGCAACUGAUAACGAAGGCAGGACACCCCUUAACGUAGAAGAGAGUGAUUACUAUAUGCAUGAGCCUACAGAGGAGCAUUUUUAUAACCAGGACGUUCUUGACUACCUCAAGACUCAACGAAAAUCGUCUUCAAGACAACCAGGGUCACAAUUUAUCAUUUCGAUACAACCCAAAGAUGUGUGCUGUAAACCUGGGGAUGAAGUUGAGUUUACGAUAUCGACAGCACCGCCUGCUACAACUACAUAUCAGUGGUUUUUCGAAAAUCCAGAAAUAUCACUUCCUGAUUACAAAGGACAAACAUCUGAAUGCUGCCUUCUGAUACCAAAAUUCCUUCCUAAGCAUAAAGGUGCUUACUGGUGUGUUGCUGAAGAUGCAUCAGGCACACAGGUCACCUCACAACCUGCAACACUCACUGCAGAGGGAGAGAAAAUUGAAAGACAAGAUUUGCAGCUUAUAGGGAAAAUUUUGGAAAAAUCUGCAAUUGACUUCAGCAACUAUGGGAUUGAGACAGUGCACCUACUCAGUGGCGAGAGUGAUGUGACUUACGAAGAGAUGGAGUUUGUAAUGAAAUUAAAUCCAAGGACACAAGUGCUGUCCAUCAACCUAAAGCAGGAAAUCACAGCAAGAGUGAAAGAGGAGCAACUUUAUGCCAAAGCCAUAAAUGAGAAGGUUUCCCUUACUUACACCAAAAUCCUUGCCCUGGGCCCUGGCCAGGUAGGAAAGUCUACUUUUGUUCGCAGAUUGUUGGGAAUAAUGGAAGGAAAUAUCCAAACAUCUUCUCCAGAAACACAACCCCGAUCUAGUACCGGUAUUUCAGAGUCAAGAGAAGCUUGUAUACAGUAUACUAGAGUAACUGGUGCCAUUACUCAUGAAAAAAAAUGGUGUGUUUUGCAAAAUGAUUUGCACGAUCAACUAAGUGGCUUAAUGUCGCUGAUAGUUAAGCAAUCUCAGCAAGGUCCACAGCAUGAAACUACGGAAUUAUCUAGGCAAAAAACAAACAAGACUAAAACUGUAGUGAAAGAAUCACUGGUUGAAUGUGAUCAAACGUUACUUCAUGGUAAUGAAGGCGUUGGAAUUAAAACUUCGGAGCCAGUUAAUACUAAAGAUCCAAUUGCUACAGGGGGAUUUCCCACUUUGGACUCACCUCUAGUUAUUAGAUCUACUCAAUUGCCAAUUGCUACUGAACAGAGUGCCUCAAAACUUAGCGAAUCAGACAUUGAUAAAACAAUUAGAGAAUUUGAAAAACUAAAACAAGAAUGCAGUCAUAGACUAGACACAAUAGAAUUUGAAAUGCUAUUUAAUGUAGCUGAUGUUGGAGGCCAACCAGCAUUUUUAGAAAUGCUGCCAUCCUUAACUAUAGGACCAGCUCUAUACCUUGUGUUUAUGAACCUAAAGCAAGAGCUAAAUUCAAGAUACCCUGUGCCAUUUAAAUGUAAGGACUCAACAACGAAUCUUUGUAAAAAUUACUCUUACACUUCAGAAGAAGUAUUAUUUUCGGCACUUUCAAGCAUAGAUUGCUUUGGACACUCAGAUGAGGAAGUUGAACAGUAUGUUCAGAAACCAGCAUCAAUUGACAAAAAGCAGAAAGAUUCUCUUGCAUUACUAGUGGGAACUUUUCUUGAUAAAGUUAAUGACGAAGAAAUAAAAUUAACUAACCAUCAGCUAAAGGAACGACUUGAAGAAACAGCAUUUUAUAAAGAAGGGCUCAUUCUCCGCAAUAGCUUCAGCUUAUUAGUGAACAAUAUGAGUGCCGAAGUCAGUGAAAUAGAAGGUCACAGAAAUAAACUAGAAAAAAUACUCACUGCAAAAUUUCGGAAGUAUCAAAUUCCAACGCAAUGGUUAAUGCUCAGUAUCUGUCUUAAGGUUCUUGCUAGAAACCAAAAAAAGUAUCAUGUUUCCUUUGCUGAUUGUGUCAAGUUAGGAAAGUAUUUGGACAUGGAUGAAGAGAUGGUGAGUGUUGCCUUGCAGUUUCUCCACAAAUACAUUGGGCUUGUGAUGUAUUUUCCUCGUCAUGAAAACCUUAAGAAAAUUGUAGUAUGUGAUCCCCAAGUUGUGUUUUCAACUAUCAGCGAACUUAUCUUUAAUAUUUACGAUCACAACCAGUUUCAAGUUAGCCAGGCACAGUAUGACCACUUUGUGAAAACGGGCUGCUUUUCACCUCAAGAUAUCAUGCUAAUAAAUGAUAAAGAUAUUUUUGUGAAUGAAGAGAAAAAGAAACUUCUUCCAAUCGAUAAAUUAGUAGAUCUACUGGAGUACCUAAACAUUGCUGCUAAAUUGCCCGCAUCUACUAAAGACGAAGUGUACUUUCUGCCUGCAGUUCUUCAAACUGCUGAAUUGGAUGUUGUUACAAGAAGCCAAAAAGGAGAAAAUAAUAAAUUGCUUCCAGAACCAUUAUGCAUUCAUUUCAAAACGGGGUAUGUACCUUUAGGAUUUAUGUGUGCUUUAAUUGCAAAUCUUGCUGUUGACAAUAAAUUUGUUCUACUCUUUGAUGAAAGCAACAAGCUGUACAAGAAUAUGAUUCAAUUUCGAUUCCAGGCUAUAUUCAAUGUCACUGUGGUUUCUUUACCACGGUAUUGUGAGUUUCGUGUCACUAGGCAACCCUCAGAUAAUAAUGUCAUUGAGUUUUGGAGUAAGGAUGGUUGUUCUCUUAUCAUGGAAACUAUACGUACAGUUGCCAAUAAAGUUAUUCAAUCUAUGCAGCAUGGCAUGCGUCUAAUAGACAAUGAUUCAAAAAUAUAUGAGUUUGCUUUCCAUUGCCAAAGACAUCCAGAUGCCGACUUCGGACAGGAAUGUCUCGCUAAACUUGACUACGAUCAUUCUGAUCAAGAAAGCGGCUUCGGCAGAAUUAUUCUGAACAAAGCAACAUGCACAAAAUGUGUAACUGCUAUUCCACUAACUCCUGAAAUGAUGGUUUGGUUUGGUAAGGUUCCAAGCACUCCUCUAAGAAUUUGUAAACAACCUGCUCGAAAAGGCAAUGUCAUAAGCAUACGUGCUGAUGGAGUACGACCACUAACAUAUCAAUGGCUCUGUGAUGGUGACGACCAGGACUACGAUGGCUAUGCAACAGAUACUCUCAUCAUUAAGGAUAGCAAUUUAUUGUCGGAAGGUGUUUUUAAAUGCCAAGUGAAAGAUAAAUGUGGCAACUGUGUUGAAUCUGAUGAGCUUGAUCUCUUCGAAGAUGUGCUCAAAAGAACUUGGAAAUUAAAAAAAUCUGAAAUCAAUAAAUUGAAGAAGAAUGGAUUUACCAGUAUCAGAGAACUGAAAUGUUUCCAGCUAGACACGCUGGACUUUAACAUGGGGGAGAAGGAAAGGAUGAAACCACUCCUUGCAUUUGUUCAGGCAAAGUUUGACAGUUCUUCAGCUUCUAGUGAUUUGUCUGCUCUAAGGGACAUUGUAGACACUCCAAUCACUGGACCACUGGAGUACCAAAUGAAGUAUGGAGAUACUUACAUACAGGAUCCAGGGACUACCAGCCUCCAUGAGUUGAUGGUCAAGCAUGACGAGCAGUUGGAUAGAGAAAUCAAGGACAAGGACACUGCCCUCAUUUCUAUACACUUUGAUGAUUUUGAAAACUACAUCCACCGACUUGAGUUGACUGGAAAUGAACAAGCUGACGUAAAGAAGAUUGCUCAAGUUAGUGGCAAUCAAGUGGCAGUGAUCAACUGUGUGACAAUCUGGAGGGGUCACGAAUCCAGCAAAGCAACCUUCAGAGCACUGAUAAGGAUCUUAUUAGAUCUGAAGAAGGAAAAGAUUGCUAUCAAGAUCUGUCAGUACUUGAAAGAAAAUGCUGGUGGGGACAGUCAAGUCAGUAAACAAGGAGAAUUGUCUCCUGGAAGGAAUGAAGAGCCCUUGACUAGAAAACGGAAUGUCACUAAAUCCAUUGUGAAGAGGUCAUCAUCAGAGGAUCAUGAGAGGUCCCUGUCAUCAGCAACUCCGGUCCAGAGAGUAGGAACUAUAACAUCAUCAUCUGCAGGUCAAGUCAUCCACAGUCAAGUCUGUAAUAGAAGAGGACCAACCGCUAAUCGAAUCACUUUCCAAGAGCUAAUGAAGCAGUACAAUUUGACUGACGAGCAACUCGACAAUGAAAUAGAAGAAAUUACGUAUGUUGCCGAAUAUUUCGAUGGUGUGAAGAUCUAUUCGAAUGCAAUGGGACUAACUCGUGCUGAACAAGCCGAUGUGAAUGAGUUGUUCCAUAAGAGAGGAACUCAAGUAGCCAUGACUGAAUGUCUGACUAUCUGGAAGCAACACAAUCCUUAUGCAGCAACUUACAGAGCUCUACUGGAGUUGUUACUAGGACUAAGAAAAGAGAAGAUAGCUGAUGAAAUCUGUCAGCACUUAAUUCAAGUGACCCAAUGAGGUGUGAGAGGUGUGGUCACUGGCUUGAACUAAUCAACUGACGAACUGUACAGGAGAAACUUGUUUAUUAUGUAAUUGUACGUUAGUGGACUGUAAAUAGAGAUAUGGUAUUAUUACAACUGUACAGAAACUAAAUAGUGUGUGUAUACUCAUGUUCUGCAUGCAUUUAUUUAUUAUAGCCAGCGAUAUUUUUCUCGCUUCUGUUUUAGUAAGGCCAUUUCAAAGACUGUUCAUACUGUCAUUACAAUGUCAUCACUAUAAAAAUAAUUAAAGUACUGAGGGUGCUGAUGCCUCGGUGAAUUAUUUAUUUAUGAAA